AUGUCACACAUUCACCGUCGACUUAUUAAGCAAAUUAGUUUAACCGAUCUCUUUAUUCUUUAUUGUAAUCAGUCAAAAAUGGCGCUCGACCUUUUAAACAAAAAAAUGAUUCAUGAGAAUACAGCCUCGUUUACUGAUGAUACGUCAACGCCUCUGUCUGGCCAUAUGCAUAAUUUAUCGGGCUUGCAAACUACUUCUGACCUCUUCAUCGAAACCCUUCAGCCACCUCAACCUAGACAUUCUUCUAUUCUGUCGUGGCCCCAGCAAAAUGAGAGUGUCAGAUUUUCCUCCGCCUCUGUAGAGUCCGGUUUCGACAAUCAUUCAGAGCAGACAAAUAACUCUUCGCUUACGCCUGCUUCUCCUCGCCGUCUUGUAGUCAGUGGCGCUCAGUUUCUGAUGAACUACCCUUUCUCCCUGGACCCUGCCACAGCGGAACGCCUGCGCCUUGCUCCGGCUCCUUGGGAGCAGCAGUUAUGGCAAGCAAUGGCCUUUCAUCUCUGGCCAUUGCUAGCGAGGCUUUAUAAUAUUACUCUAGGCGGUCGCCACCUGGCUCUUCUUCAAGCUAUCCAACUUUCCACACAAUCUAUGGAUUCGGAAUUUAGUGACCCGCUGUCUAUUAGCAACCCCCAACUAUCCCCUCUGGAUUCGGUCGCUGAUUCGGUGCAAGCUUCUUCCGCUGAAUUUAAUCCUUCUGUUAGCAUUGGUGCUUCUGUCGAUUCGUCAUCCUCAGCUGAAAACAGCAUGGCUGCUGCUCCAUACAUCAAAGCCUCGGCCUCCCUCUCUCUUCUUCUCUCCGCCUCCCUGGGAGGCUUGGCCGGCUGGACAGCUCGACUUCGUCUUACAGCAGAUAUCCUAUUCACCAGCUUGCUUGUCGGUAGCCUCGUUUUGCUUGCCACAUGUCUUACGAUGCUUGCUCUGCAGACGAUACAGAUUAGGUAUAGCCAUCUAUUUCUUUUAAUACCCUGUUACCAAUACCAUUUUUUCCUGGGGGUUGCACCUGAGAUAUGA